AUGGAAAAUGGAAUAAUCCAGGGACCUUGGGGAUUUCGCUCUCUGUCCAAAUUCAUAUUGUGCACCAUUUCUGGGGCCCUCACCGUCUGUUUUGCCAUUGCUGGGGCCCUGACAGGAGCAAUAGCUGGUGCUUUAGCAGCUAAGGCUACAAAGAGUGGUCUUCUCCGGGGAGUUUCAUUGGGUGCCAUUGCCGGGUCUAUACUCUCAGUGGAGGUGUUGGAAGCUUCCCGUGCAUACUGGUGUAUGGAGCAAACUGGCUCACGGGGUGCAUCAUCUAUGGCAGAUUUCAUAGAGGAACUUGUUCGGGGGAGGCUUGUUGAGGAAUCUCUUACACCUGCCAUUUUAACUGCAUACAAUUUACAGUUUGAGCAGGUUGGCAUUGCUAACCCAGGCUAUGAUGAGAUUCACGAUGUUCAUGGCUUAGUGGCACCCAGAGGAUUGUCAGGAGAUUCGUUGAAGAGGUUACCGCACCAUAUGAUCUCAAAGGAUAUGAAGGCAGAGAAUACUUGUUGUACAAUAUGUUUGCAGGAUAUUGAAGUAGGUGAAAUUGCAAGAAGCUUACCUCGCUGUCACCAUACAUUUCACUUGAUAUGUGUGGACAAAUGGCUUGUCAAGAAUGAUUCCUGUCCUGUGUGCAGACAGAAUGUGUAA